AAUAGCAGCCAAUACGGCUGGGGGAAUUGUAAACAACAAAAUAUACAGAUUUCCAAUAAUUUUGCAAGCUGCCAAUCUCGUCUCCUAUCUGCUCAAUAAACGCCACAAAACGAAACGUUCCGCGAAUAAACGGCGUCGGAGUGUCCGUGGACAAACCCGAACGCCGUGUCUUGUUUCAAUAUUACCGAUGUCCACUAAUGAGCCGGACUCGGCAGGAACAUCUUCACAUGGACUAAGACGUCGUACAACGCAAGGUCUACUAAAGCACGUGGAAGCAGCAGCUACAUCUACAGCCUCUGCAUCGGAAGCAGAAGCCGCGGUAGCCGCUUUGGCUUCGAUGAUGGAACCACCAGCCAGCAUUAUUAUGAAAGCUGCUGCAGCAGCGGCGGCGGCAGCUGCUAAGGCUGCCGCCGGAUCUGUUACCACUAAAGAGGAACCGGAUUGUGGGGAGAUAAACGAUCGUGUCGCUUCUUCAGUUGAUUCUAGUAUGGACAGUAGCGCGCUAGCAAAUUGCCUUUCGAGCACAAUCUCAUCCUUACGUAGUUCUGGGAAUUGUAGCACUGGAAAUGGUGGUAGAGGCGGUAACAUUAGUGGAGGAGACGACAACUUAUCAGAUAAUUCAGAAUCCACAUCUGGAGCAACGACUACGACGUCGAGUACCGCAGCAGCUCAAUUAUUGGAAAAUCUCAAACAUAAUCUGAACCAUCAUAACCACAACAAUAACAACUCAAGCGUGAUCAACAACAAUAAUCCACUUCACAUCAACAACAAUAACAACAACAAUGGCAACCGUAAGCUUUUUGAAUGUGAUGUCUGUAAUAUGAAGUUCUCCAAUGGAGCAAACAUGCGCCGGCAUAAGAUGCGCCAUACUGGUGUAAAACCGUAUGAAUGCCGAGUAUGCCAAAAACGAUUCUUCCGUAAGGAUCAUUUGGCGGAACACUUCACGACGCACACGAAAAUACCGUACCAUUGUCAUUGUAAUCGAGGGUUUCAACGGCAGAUUGCAAUGCGUGCACAUUUCCAAAACGAACACGUUGGUCAGCACGACCUCGUCAAGACCUGUCCCCUAUGUAGCUAUCGGGCAGGUACGAUGAAAUCACUGAGAGUGCAUUUCUUCAAUCGGCACGGUAUCGAUUUAGAUAAUCCGGGACCUGGAACGCCGUCGUCAUUGCUACUUGCCCUUGAUCAACAUAACCCAGCAAACUUGUUGCCGGCGGCCCUGGCAGCUAUGAACGCGGUCAAUGCCUCGUUUAGCGAUGGAAGUGCAGCAGCCGCGGCAGCUGCAGCAGCAGCUGAUUCUAUGCAGCGAUCAAUAGACAACGGCACACCGCCAAUGCACUUUCUAACCCCGCAUGUCGAAAUCUCGAUGGACAAUGCGGAUGAUGACAACAGCUUACCACUUAACUGUAGUCGUGACGGCCCCACCGGUACUGGAAAUUCCGCCGGAAAUCAACAGGAAUCACACCAAGGGAAUAGAUCGCACAACGGAACUCCUAUGCUGCAUUCAAACGGGCCUAGCCCUGGUGGCAACAAUGAUCGCCACACACCGACAACAUCAUCGACAUCUGCAACGAUCUCUUCUGCGCUGGACAUUCAUGCAAUUGUGCGGCCAUCUAAUGGUGGAACACCAAAUGUAGCGUCAACUGGAUCCCCGGUUGGUUCGCCUCAUUCGGCAGAUUCAAACGCUCCUUCCAGUUCCCAAUCUUCAUCGUCGUCGACGACUAAUACGAUGCUUCCGACAUUAGUACAAAGCUCAAGGCAUAUUAUUUUUGAUAACCCUAUUACACCAUCGAUUAGCUUAAUACCUAUAAAGCAGGUAAGUCACAAUAUCAUUUUGUUGUUUAAAUAG